AUGAACCACACAAUGAUCACAGAGUUUGUCCUCCUAGGCCUUUCUGAUGAUCCCGACCUUCAGAUUGUGAUUUUUCUAUUUUUAUUUGUCACAUAUAUGUUAAGUAUCACUGGAAACCUGACUAUCAUCACUCUGACCUUGGUGGAUUCCCAUCUACAGACGCCUAUGUAUUUCUUCCUCCGAAAUUUCUCUUUCUUAGAAAUCUCAUUUACAACUGUGUGCAUCCCCAGGUUUCUGGGGGCUAUUAUCACCAGGGAUAAGACAAUUUCCUAUAACAUUUGUGCAGCCCAACUCUUUUUCUUUAUCUUCAUGGGAGUGACUGAAUUUUACUUUCUAACUGCCAUGUCCUAUGACCGCUAUGUUGCCAUCUGCAAGCCCAUGAGCAGGAAACUCUGCACUCUGCUUGUGCUGUGUGCCUGGUUGGGUGGAUUUCUGACCAUAUUCCCACCCCUGAUGCUUCUGCUACAGCUGGAUUACUGUGCUUCCAAUGUCAUAGAUCACUUUGCAUGUGACUAUUUUCCCCUCUUGCAACUGUCUUGCUCAGAUACAUGGUUCCUAGAAGUAAUUGGUUUUUACUUUGCUCUGGUUACUCUGAUGUUCAUUUUUGCAUUAGUGAUUUUAUCUUACAUAUAUAUUAUCAGGACAAUUUUGAGAAUUCCAUCUGCCAAUCAGAGAAAAAAAGCUUUCUCCACCUGUUCCUCUCACAUGAUUGUCAUCUCCCUCUCUUAUGGAAGCUGCAUAUUCAUGUAUGCUAACCCCUCUGCAAAAGAAAAGGCAUCAUUGACCAAAGGGGUAGCUAUUCUCAACACCUCUGUGGCCCCCAUGCUGAACCCUUUUAUUUAUACCUUGAGGAACCAGCAAGUGAAACAAGCCUUCAAAGAUGUGAUCCACAGAGUAGUAUUUUCUGCAAAUAAAUGA